GGUAGACCAUAAUUGAGCACCGUAUUCCACAAGUGGCCUACUCCCAGGACAGGGACAGCAUGGGGUUGCCUGCAGGAAGAGGAGCCCCCACAAACGUUCCUGUACAGCUGCAACAUGACCUCCCAACUCCUAUGCUCAACGCGCUGACCAAUAAAGCCACAAACCAGUGGUUUAUCCCAGCGGUGAGGGGUGAUAUUCCGCCUGGAUGCGCUGCCUACGGUUUUGUGUGUGAUGGAACCCGCCUGCUGGUAUUCGGGGGCAUGGUGGAAUACGGGAAGUACAGCAAUGACCUCUUUGAACUGCAGGCCAGCCGCUGGGAAUGGAAAAAACUGAAGCCCAAACCUCCUAAGAAUGGGUCGUUACCAUGCCCACGCCUAGGCCACAGCUUUUCCCUGGUGGGGAAUAAAUGCUACCUGUUUGGAGGCCUGGCCAAUGACAGCGAGGAUCCCAAGAACAACAUUCCACGUUACCUGAAUGAUGUUUACGUAUUGGAGCUGAGGCCAGGCUCAGGGGUACUGAGCUGGGACAAUCCCAUCACCUACGGGGUGCUGCCCCCUCCACGGGAGUCUCACACUGCCGUCAUCUACACCGACAAAACCCUGAAGAAAUCCAAGCUGGUCAUCUACGGAGGCAUGAGUGGCUGCCGACUCGGAGAUCUCUGGACAUUGGACAUCGAUACACUAACAUGGAACAAGCCAAACGUGAAUGGUGUUUCCCCACUCCCACGGAGUCUGCAUUCGGCUACCACCAUCGGCAACAAAAUGUAUGUGUUUGGAGGCUGGGUCCCGUUGGUCAUGGAUGACGUGAAGGUAGCUACGCAUGAGAAGGAGUGGAAAUGUACCAACACGCUGGCUUGUCUCAAUUUGGACACGAUGACCUGGGAGCCGGUGGUGAUGGAGGCGCAGGAGGAUAACCUUCCCCGGGCUCGUGCAGGCCACUGCUCGGUCGCCAUCAACUCUCGGCUGUACAUCUGGAGCGGGAGGGACGGAUACCGGAAGGCGUGGAACAAUCAGGUGUGCUGCAAGGACCUGUGGUACCUGGAGACAGAGAAGCCCCCAGCCCCGUCAAGGGUACAGCUGGUCCGUGCCAACACCAACUCGCUGGAGGUGAGCUGGGGGUCUGUGCCCACCGCCGACGCCUACCUGCUCCAGCUGCAGAAGUACGACAUACCGGCUGCCACACCGGCAUCCCAGCCACUCCCCUCGGUGCCCGCCGGGCAGCCCAAGAGCCCGGCCCCAGCCUCAGCCGCCCCCUCCCCCCAGCAGGUGGGCGGCUCGCUGCUGCCACAGCCCCCGGGAUCCGCCGUGCCCUGCUCGCCUCCAGUGCCAGCCUCACCUGCUGCCGCCGCCUCUUUGGCCCCUCCGCAGACCCUGCUGGGAGGGGCCACCGCCACCGGAACCCGAGCACAAGGUACGACAGCGGUUCUGCGGGUGGCAUCGCCUCAGGCACCGACCGUCCUGUCGAGUGGGACCUCCCUCAUUGCUGUGAGGCCGACAGGGAGCCAGGGGAAGGUGCCAGUCCCUGUGACAACGCUGUCGACCGGAGUCCACAUGGUAGUGCCAGCCCAGGGCACCCAAGGCAUGACGAUCGGAGGCGCUACGCAGAUGAGCGGGAUGGCAGCUCUGGCAGCGGCGGCAGCGGCCACGCAGAAAAUUCCGCCGACCACCAUCUCCACUGUCCUCGGCGUGCCGGGCUCCACCAUGAUCAAGACAGUGGCAGUCGCGCCUGGCUCCACGCUGCCAGCUACUGUCAAGGUGGCGUCAUCUCCCAUCAUGGUGAGUAACCCAGCCACUCGGAUGCUGAAGACUGCAGCGGCUCAGGUUGGGACGUCGAGUGCAGCGGGAACGCCCAUGCGGCCGAUCAUCACGGUGCACAAGUCGGGCACGGUGACUGUGGCUCAGCAGGCCCAGGUAGUCACCACGGUGGUGGGAGGUGUGACGAAAACCAUCACGUUGGUGAAGAGCCCCAUCUCCAUGGCAGGUGGCAGCGCACUGAUGCUGCCAGACCUGCUGAGCUUUUCCAGCAACUUUGACCACCCCUUACGAAACUACAGGGUUAGCUCCAGCAAAGUUGUUGAUGAGGAGAAGACUCCGUAUCAGGUUAUAUCUAAUAUUCCCAUUUCUAGAGGACAGAAGAUUGAACACUUCCAACAGUUUCGUGAUGACUAUGACAUUCUCUAUGUUGACAAUGUCAAACAACUCUUUUCUGCGAAUGUAAGAGAUAUUGCUGGAUUGUUUAAUCUGUUUGGGUUGUGGGAAGUUUAUGAGUCUGAGAAGCCCAGUGAAAUCUUCUACUGGUUACGACUUGAUCAAUAA